AUCAUCUUCAGCCACGCAUGUUCCCCGGGUCCCCAUUUUAUCAAUUUGGAUGGCGUUCGACACAUUGAACUGUGCUGGCUUUGGCUCUUCUAUCCUCUUCAUAUCUUUGUCUCGACGUUGAUAAGAGUGCAGUCAUCGCCAACAGCUUGAGCAUCGGCCACGCAUCGGCGUCAUGCAGGCGAUCCCUAGAUCUGUGUCGUCUCGAAAGUAUUCGAUAGUCUCUGGUUUCUUCGCUCAGGACCAUCCCGAUGCUGACCCUUCCAAGAUCGGUGCUUUGCCACCUCGUUUCGGACUGCUGGACGAUUCCCCGGACUAUUGGGCGAAGUUCAAGGCUCAGAUCUCCCAGCUGCAGAGCGAUGCGCCCGAGGGAACGCACUAUAAGCUGUUCUUCCUAGGCAGGCACGGCCAAGGUUUCCAUAAUGUCGCUGAAGAGAAAUACGGGACUGAGGCUUGGGAUGAGUAUUGGUCGAAGAAAUACGGCGACUCUGAGAUUACCUGGGGUCCGGAUCCCUUGCUGACCCCACUGGGAAUCAAGCAAGCGGAGUAUGCUCGCUUAACAUGGCUGAAGGAGAUUACAUGUGGUGUUCCAGUUCCAGAGACGUGCUACGCGAGUCCUCUGCACAGGGCGCUGAGUACUUGGGAGGCCACAUUCAAUGACGAGAAGGCUCUUCCGCAGAAAUCGACAGUGCUCAUCCUGGAGACUCUAAGAGAAGAGUGCGGUGUGCAUACGUGCGACAUGCGUAACCCUCGUUCUGUCAUUCAGCGCAACUUCCCGCCGGCGAUAUAUCAGUUCGAGCCUGGCUUCACCGAGGAGGACCUGAUAUGGCAGUCAGAUGAGCGGGAGACCAAGGCACAUGUGAUGGAAAGGGCGCAUGCUGUGUUGAAUAAGAUUUUUGAGGAGGACCAGUCAAAAUACAUCUCUAUCACGGCCCAUGGUGGAAUCAUCAACGGCUUUCUCGGUGCAAUGGGCCGUGCUCCGUAUGCGUUGCCUACUGGAGGCAUUUUGCCCUUGGUAGUGAAAGGGAACCUUAAUCAUGUACCGCUACUCAACUGAAGGUUGACAGUCGGCGGCGAUUAGACAUCGCACAAUCGCAGGAAGAGAUGGUUGAUUACUCGAUCGCAGCCGUCUUUUUUAUUUGGGGCACCAUGGAUGACUAGGAAUCCCAACGUUCUAAGCAGAGACAAUAGGGAUUGGCGGUAGAUAUGGAAAUAAAUAUUGCUACAUCAC